AUGUACGGCGCCGGUCAAGGCCCUCAAACGGGCAUUUCCACCCCCAGAUCUAGCGCUUCUCUUCGGCCAUUGACUCUCUCCCACGGCUCUCUCGAGACCUCUUUUCUCAUUCCCACCAACCUCCAUUUCCACGCCUCUCAGUUGAAAGACAAGUUUGUCGCUACUCUUCCCGAAGCCACCGACGAGCUUGCCCAGGAUGACGAGCCAUCAUCCGUUCCCGACCUGGUCGCCAGAUACCUUGGCCUCAUUGCUCACGAGGUUGAUGAGGGUGAAGAUGAUGAGCAAGGCUCCUACGAGGAGGUCCUGAAGCUCGUUCUCAACGAGUUCGAGCGCCAUUUCCUCCGUGGCAAUGAAGCUCACGCCAUUGCUGCCAGUUUGCCUGGCAUUGAGUCUAAGAAGCUCGACUUCAUCCGCAGCUACUACACCGCUCGUGCUGUGUGCAACCGACCGAUCAAGCCCCACGCUUCAGCCCUUUUCCGAGCAGCUGAGGAUGGUGACGCCGAAAUCUACACAAUUUUCGGCGGUCAGGGUAACAUUGAAGAGUAUUUCGAGGAACUCCGAGAGAUCUUCAAGACGUACUCAAGCUUUGUCGGUGAUCUUAUCACCCGCUCAGCUGAGCUGCUCCAGACUCUCUCCAAGAACCCCAAGGCCGAGAAGAUGUUCCCCAAGGGUCUUGAUAUCAUGAACUGGCUUCAUCACCAGGACUCUACUCCCGAUGUCGAUUAUCUCAUUUCGGCACCCGUCAGCUUCCCUCUUAUUGGCCUUGUCCAGCUUGCCCAUUAUGAGGUGACAUGUAAGGUUCUUGGUGUGCAUCCUGGUAUGCUGCGCGAGAGAAUCACUGGUUCCACUGGCCACUCCCAAGGUAUUGUCAUGGCCGCUGCAACUGCUGCUGCCGACUCUUGGGACUCGUGGAGAGACAUUACCAGCUCUGUUCUUACCAUGCUUUUCUGGAUCGGAACACGAAGCCAGCAGGCAUUCCCCAUCACCUCCAUGACCCCUACCAUGCUUCGCGAGUCACAAGAGCACGGCGAGGGUGCACCCACUCCUAUGCUUAGCAUUCGAGAUCUUCCUCAGGCUGAGGUUCAGAAGCAUAUCGAUGCUACUAACCACUACCUCCCCGAGGACCGUCACAUCAGCAUCUCUCUCAUUAACAGCCCACGGAACCUGGUCGUGACAGGACCCCCAACCUCCCUCUACGGUCUUAACGCUCAGCUGCGCAAGGUCAAGGCCCCUGUUGGCCUGGAUCAGAACCGCAUUCCCUACACAGAGCGAAAGGUUCGCUUCGCCAACCGAUUCCUGCCCAUCACCGCACCUUUUCACAGCAAGUACCUCGCCGAGGCUACCGCCAUGAUUGAUGAGGAUCUCAAGGAUAUCUCAAUUGACUCCAGUGAUCUCGGAAUUGCCGUGUUUGAUACCAACACUGGCAAAGAUCUCCGAGAAGAGGUCAAGGGCAACAUUGUUCCCGCUCUUGUCCGUUUGAUCACUCGUGAUCCUGUGAACUGGGAGAAGGCUACUGUUUUCCCUGAUGCCACCCACAUUCUUGAUUUUGGCCCUGGUGGUGUUUCUGGCCUCGGUGUUCUGACAAGCCGAAACAAGGAGGGAACUGGCGUUCGUGUCAUCUUGGCUGGUACUGUCGAUGGUGGCAUGAACGACCUCGGCUACAAGGCUGAGCUCUUCGAUAGAGAUGAGGAGAACGCCGUCAAAUAUGCCAUUGACUGGGUUAAGGAGUUCGGCCCCAAGCUUGUCACCAAUAAGAGUGGCCGAACUUACCUUGAUACCAAGAUGAGUCGUCUCCUUGGUCUCCCUCCCAUCGUUGUUGCCGGCAUGACUCCCGCUACCGUCCCCUGGGAUUUCGUUGCCGCUACCAUGAAUGCUGGAUACCACAUCGAACUUGCUGGCGGUGGUUACUUCAUUGGCCCCAUGAUGACCGAUGCUAUCACCAAGAUCGAGAAGGCCAUCCCCGCUGGUCGUGGUAUUUCCGUCAACCUGAUCUAUGUCAAUCCCCGUGCUAUGGCCUGGCAGAUUCCCUUGAUCGGCAAGCUUCGAUCUGAGGGUGUCCCUAUUGAGGGCCUUACUAUUGGUGCUGGUGUUCCCUCUAUCGAGGUCGCCCAGGAGUACAUCGAGACCCUAGGCCUUAAGCACAUCAGCUUCAAGCCCGGUUCCGUCGAUGCCAUCCAGGCUGUUAUCAAUAUCGCCAAGGCCAACCCCCAUUUCCCUGUCAUGCUUCAGUGGACUGGUGGCCGUGGUGGUGGUCAUCACUCUUUCGAGGAUUUCCACCAGCCUAUCCUCCAGAUGUACGGCCGUAUCCGACGACAGGAGAACAUUAUCCUUGUUGCUGGUAGUGGUUUCGGUGGUGCGGAUGACACCUACCCCUACAUUACUGGUGACUGGGCCAAGAAAUACGGUUAUCCUCCCAUGCCCUUCGAUGGUUGCUUGUUCGGUAGCCGCAUGAUGGUUGCCAAGGAGGCUCACACCAGCAAGGCGGCCAAGGAGGCUAUUGUCGCCGCACCUGGUCUUGAGGACAGCGAGUGGGAGCAGACCUACAAGGGACCAGCUGGUGGUGUUCUCACCGUUCGAUCUGAGAUGGGUGAGCCUAUCCACAAGCUUGCCACUCGUGGAGUUCGCUUCUGGGCCGAGAUGGACCAGAAGAUCUUCAGUCUCCCCAAGGAGAAGCGAGUUGCUGAGCUCAACAAGAACAAGGACUACAUCAUCAAGAAGCUGAACGACGACUGCCAGAAGGUUUGGUUUGGCCGCAACAAGGAGGGCAAGGCCUGUGACCUUGACGACAUGACCUAUGCUGAUGUCCUCCGUCGUCUUGUCGAGCUCCUCUACGUCAAGCACCAGUCUCGCUGGAUUGACCGCUCCUACACUGUUCUCGUCGGUGACUAUAUUCACCGUCUUGAGGAGCGUUUGACCACCACCCCUGGCAAAGCCUCUCUUCUCCAGAGCUACUCGGAGCUCAACGAGCCUUUCGAGGUGAUUGACCGUAUCCUCGCUGCCUACCCUGAUGCCGAGACCCAGAUCAUCAACGCCCAGGAUGUUCAGCACUUCCUUAUCAUGUGCAUGCGCCCCACUCAGAAGCCUGUCACUUUCAUCCCUGUCUUUGACGACAACUUCGAGUUCUACUUCAAGAAGGACUCCCUGUGGCAAUCUGAGGAUCUCGAUGCCGUCGUUGGCCAAGAUGUUGGCCGAACUUGCAUCCUUCAGGGACCUGCCGCUGCCAAGUUCUCCACUGAGAUUGAUCAACCCAUCAAGUCUAUCCUCGAUGGCAUCCACGAGUCUCAUGUUGAGUACCUUACCCGGGAUCUUUACAGCAACAACAAGGCUACCAUCCCUUACAUCGAGUACUUUGGUGGUAAGCUCGUUGACCCCGAGAUGCCUCUUGAUGUCGAGGGCUUGACUGUCAGCUACGAUACCUACAAGAACACCUAUCGCUUGUCAUCGUCUGCCGCUGCCACCCUCCCUGAGCUCGACUCAUGGCUAUCUUUGCUUGCUGGACCCAACCGCAACUGGCGCCAUGCUCUGCUCAUGGCCGAUGUUGUUGCUCAAGGCCAGAAGUUCCAGACCAACCCUAUCCGACGCAUCUUUGCUCCUUCUCGUGGUCUGUUUGUUGAGAUCUCUUAUCCCAAUGAUCCUUCCAAGACUACCAUUGUUGUUCGUGAGCAGCCCCGUCACAACCAGUACAUCGAUGUCAUCGAGGUUAAGCUCGUCGGUGAGAACAAGAUCCAGGUCAACAUGAUCAAGGAGACCACUGCUCUCGGUAAGCCCGCUGCUCUGCCUCUGGAGUUCACCUACCACCCCGAGGCUGGAUACUCUCCUAUCCGUGAGGUCAUGGAGGGCCGCAACGACCGCAUCAAGUUUUACUGGAAGGCGUGGUUCGGAGAGGAGCCUCUCGACCUCGACGCUGAUGUUACUGCUAAGUUCGAUGGCGGUAAGACUACCAUCACUGGCGAGGCUAUCAACGAUUUCGUGCACGCUGUUGGCAACCACGGAGAGGCUUUUGUUGACCGACCUGGUAAGACUGUCUAUGCUCCCAUGGACUUUGCCAUUGUUAUCGGCUGGAAGGCCAUUACCAAGCCUAUCUUCCCUCGCACCAUUGAUGGUGACCUCCUGAAGCUUGUCCAUCUCUCCAACCAGUUCCGCAUGAUUCCCGGCGCCGAGCCUCUCAAGAAGGGAGAUGAGGUCUCCACCACUGCCCAGAUCAACGCUGUCAUCAACCAGGAGGCUGGCAAGAUGGUUGAGGUCUGUGGCACUCUCGUCCGUGAUGGAAAGCCUGUCAUGGAGGUCACCUCCCAGUUCUUGUACCGUGGUACUUACACCGACUACGAGAACACCUUCCAACGAAAGGUUGAGACUCCUAUUCAGCUUCACCUGGCCACUACCCAGGAUGUUGCUAUCCUUCGAUCCAAGCAGUGGUUCUCCGUCGACGAGCUUCCUCAGAACAUCGACUUGCUUGGCCAGACCCUGACUUUCCGUCUCCAAAGCUUGGUUCGCUACAAGAACAAGGCUGUCUUCAGCAGCAUCGAGACCCGCGGCCAGGUUCUGCUUGAGCUCCCCACCAAGGAGAUCAUCCAGGUUGGCAGCGUCGACUAUGAGACAGGGGAGUCUCAUGGUAACCCCGUUGUUGAUUACCUCGAGCGCAACGGCCAGCCUAUCGACCAGCCCAUCAACUUCGAGAACUCCAUCCCUCUCAGCGGCAAGUCUCCUCUCGCCCUCCGAGCCCCUGCUUCCAACGAGAAUUACGCUCGUGUGUCCGGUGACUACAACCCCAUUCACGUUUCUCGUGUCUUCUCCAGCUAUGCCAACCUCCCUGGCACCAUCACCCAUGGCAUGUACUCUAGUGCAUCCGUGCGAAGCUUGAUCGAGACCUGGGCCGCCGAGAACAACAUUGGCCGUGUCCGAAGCUUCCACGCCUCGCUUGUUGGCAUGGUUCUGCCCAACGACGAGCUUGAGGUUAAGCUUCAACACACUGGCAUGGUCUCUGGUCGCAAGAUCAUCAAGGUUGAGGUCCGCAACAAGGAGACCGAGGACAAGGUUCUCGAGGGUGAGGCCGAGGUUGAACAGCCUGUGACUGCCUAUGUCUUCACUGGACAGGGUUCUCAGGAACAGGGUAUGGGUAUGGAGUUGUACGCUAGCAGUCCCGUUGCCAAGGAGGUCUGGGAUCGCGCCGACAAGUACCUCCUCGACGCCUAUGGUUUCUCUAUCACCAACAUUGUCAAGAACAACCCUAAGGAGCUCACCAUUCACUUCGGUGGUCCCCGGGGUAAGGCUAUCCGCCAGAACUACAUUGCGAUGACAUUCGAGACCGUGGCUGCGGACGGUAGCAUCAAGUCCGAGAAGAUUUUCAAGGAGAUUGAUGAGACUACUACCUCAUACACCUACCGCUCCCCUACUGGUCUUCUCUCGGCCACCCAGUUCACUCAGCCUGCCCUUACCUUGAUGGAGAAGGCCAGCUUUGAGGACAUGAAGGCCAAGGGACUUGUGCCCAACAACAGCACCUUCGCUGGUCACUCUCUCGGUGAAUACUCAGCCCUUGCUGCCCUUGCCGAGGUCAUGCCAAUUGAGAGUUUGGUGUCCGUUGUGUUCUACCGUGGUCUCACCAUGCAGGUUGCCGUCGAGCGUGAUGCUGCUGGCCGAUCUAACUACUCCAUGUGCGCUGUUAACCCCAGCCGCAUCAGCAAGACCUUCAACGAAGCCGCCCUCCAGUUCGUCGUUGACAACAUUGCUGAGGAGACUGGCUGGCUCCUUGAAAUUGUCAACUACAACAUUGCCAAUAUGCAGUAUGUUUGCGCUGGUGAUCUCCGUGCGCUCGACACUCUUGCUGGUGUGACCAACUUUAUCAAGAUCCAGAAGAUUGAUAUUGAAGAGGUCAAGGACAACAUCGAGGAGGUCAAGGGACACCUCCGCGAGAUCAUCCGCGGCUGUGCCGAGAAGACUCUUGCCAAGCCCACACCUCUUGAGCUGGAGCGUGGCUUCGCUACCAUUCCUCUACGUGGUAUUGAUGUGCCCUUCCACUCGACCUUCCUUCGAUCUGGUGUCAAGCCUUUCCGAUCUUUCUUGCUCAAGAAGAUCAACAAGACAUCCAUCGACCCCUCCAAGUUGGUUGGAAAGUAUAUUCCCAACGUGACGGCCAAGCCGUUCGCGCUGACCAAGGAGUACUUCGAGGAUGUGUACAAGCUGACCAACUCGCCCAAGAUUGGUGCAGUGUUGGCCAACUGGGACAAGUAUAACCAGGAUGAGACCGCUACCAACGGUGUUGAGGGUAGCGACAGCUCCAGUGGCGAGUAUGAAGGCUCUGGCCGUGCUGCUUGA